AUGCUACUAUUAUUAUGGACUGUAUCAGUAGCUACAGAUACGAUAGCAUUUCCCUGUAUUAAAUUUAGAAUCACAUGUAAAAACUCAACUUCAUUUACUCUUUGGUUUCUUUUACUGCCUAUUUUGCAUGAAGUAAUUGUGUUGGCAAAUAGUCAAGAACAAGCAUUUGACUGUGAUAUUUUGGAUGCAAAAUGUCGCGAACGUUAUCGUCAGACAAUUCAUACUACAUCAAUUAAAAGUAAAGCUUCUCGAUGCUCUCAACAAGACAUCUGGUUGAUACCUGGCAAAGCUGACGCUAGUUGCUCUCGUCCAGGAGCAAAAAAAGUACUGGAAGUAGAUCCACGGCAGCUUGUUAUAAGACCAGAAGUGGUCAAGCUUCCAGGUUGUUUUGAUCUAGAAAUCAAAAAUGUUAGAGUAUUAGAUAACGAAGAUGCAUUUGAGAAUAGUUUCUUUGCAAAAGCUGAAUAUCAAUGGUGGAAUGUGAAAGAUUUUGCUAAUUUAAAGUGUCAAAACGCUAGUAAUAAUGGUUGUGGCGGAUAUGGAAAUAACUGUUAUUACUGCGACAUUUGCAAAAGUCUAACCGAAUUACAAACAGACUCCAGUAAAUCAACUUUAGCCAAUCAGUUAAAAGGGAUCAAUUGUCCGAGUCGUCCUGGUUUUUAUACUUUUAGAAAAGAAUUCUGCUUCAAUGACUGGUCGGCUUUUGACAGAGAUGGCGAUUGUCAGUUUGACUUUUUUCAAGGUGACAAAUUCUCGGAUUAUCGAUCGGCUCUUUCUUAUCUGCAACAAAUUGGCUAUGGUACUUUAGUGGCCAAAUUACGUUUAGCCAUGAAUGCAACUGGUGAUGUAGAGGAAAAGAAACGUAUCAAAGAGGCAUCGAUUGAAGAAAAUAUCCAAAAAGAAUUGGAAGAAAGGCGUAAAAGUUGGGACAUCAAUAACGGACAGUUUGAGAAAUUCCGUCAAUGGUAUAUCAAUUAUCGCAAAGACAUCUGGCACAGAGAAGAUUACCUACCAUGGCUGUUGUAUGAAAAUGAGAUUUCAUGCAUACGGCUCACUUUCGAUGUUUGUGAACGAAUCCCAAGACGCAGCCCAUUCACCGGUCAAUUAACAUGCAACCCAAAUUAA